AUGUCCCUAACACCGAAGUCCUUGCCAGAGCCAUCACACCGGGACGACAAGCAUGACUAUCCUUUUUACGACUCUCGAUUGCCGAAAAUCGCUCCCUACGGUGAACUAAAGUGCGUGAAUCGACGGCGAAAUUUGCUGGGCGCCAUUUUCUUUCUAUCUAUCUAUCUAUCUAUCUAUCUAUCUAUCUAUCUAUCUAUAAUAAACCAUGAAACAUCCUUACAGAUACAUCUCGAAUUUUCAGACUUAUUCUCCAGUUUUUCACUUCGUUCUAAAAAUCUUUUCACCAUCUUUAUCUUUUUCUUUCCCUGCUUUUUUGUUCAUUCUUCUUUUUUUGCAAUACGAACGUCUUUCUUUCUCUCCGCUCGUCCUUCACUACUCCCCCUCCAUUUCCUAUUUGUCCUUAUUUCCUGUUCUAUCUUUCUUUCUUUUACUUUCUUACUUAUUCGACUUUUAUUUUCCUUCACUAUCCUUAAUUCUUUCCUUUUUUUGACAUUUAUCUUUGUCAUCAUUUUUCGUUGGUUCCUUCUCCUUACUUCCAUCUUUUUCUUUCUCUCAAUUUCUCACUUCUUCCUUUUUUCUUUUCGCUUUUGUUUAUACAUUUUGCAUUUUUUCCGUCUUCCUUUUUUAUAUCUUUCUUUCUUCCUUUCUUUCUUUCUUUCUUUUAAUCUUUUAUUCCACUUGCCUUUUGUUCUUUCUUUUAACUUUUGUUUCUGUAUUCCCUUUUCUUUCAUUCUUUCUUUCUUUCUUUUAACUUUUGUUUCUGUAUUCCCUUUUCUUUCAUUCUUUCUUUCUUUCUUUUAA